UGAAAACAAAAAGUGAGUCACAUUUUUCUGAAAAGCUCUCUAAUAUUGACACUUUCAUAUUAGGUGAGGAAAUGGGAACGGAAAUGAAUCCAAAAUGUGGUGCUUGCAAAUGUGGAAAAUGUCCAUCUGUGGGACAUACAUAUUCUUUUAAAGAGGAACAAGAAUUACAACUGAUAACGUCAAAAUUGCAUUAUGACAAAGAACGUGAAUGCUGGUCUGCUGAAUAUCCCUGGUUAUUUGACCCAGCAUUAUUGCCUGACAAUUAUAAUGCUGUUUUUGCCACUUUGAAAAGUACUGAAAAAAAAACUAAAAAUGGACCCUCAAUGGGCAGAGAAAUACUCUGAACAAAUACAUGAUAUGGAAACUAGAGGUGUAGCUAGAAAAAUGACCCAGGAAGAAAUUCUUGAAUGGGAAGGUCCUGUCUUCUAUUUAGCACACUUAGCUGUCGAGCAGCCACAAAAUUCAUCAACUCCAGUCAGAAUUGUUUUCAACAGUAGCCAACUUUUUCAAGGGGUUUCUUUGAAUUCAUUUCUUGCAAAAGGCCCUGAUACAUUCAAAAACAAUUUGCUAGGACUCUUGAUUAGAUUCCGUGAAAACCCAGUUGUUUUAAUUGGUGACAUCAGAAAGAUGUAUAAUUCAGUUUUUCUGGGGAAGUUGGAACAAAAUACUCACAGAUUUUUGUGGCGUGACAUGGAAAAUAGACCCCCAGACAUUUGGUGCAUUACACGUGUAAAUAUGGGAGACAAGCCUGCAGGUACAAUUGCAAUUGAGGCAAAAGACAUGACUGCUGACUUCUUUUGUUCUAUCAAUCCACAAGCAGCUGAUAUCAUCAAAGAAUCUUCUUAUGUUGAUGAUAUAGUGGAAAGUGUGGAAAGCUUUUCUCAAGCUGAACUCUUAUCCAAAGACAUUGAUCUUAUUCUUUCCAAGGGAGGUUUUAAGACAAAAGGGUGGAUCUUUGGGGGUCAGAAUGUACCUAAAGCCAAGUCAGAAUUACACAAAGUUUUGGGCAUUUCUUGGAUUCCCUCAGAUGAUGUUAUUGUUUUCAAAGCAUGUUUGAAUUUCUCUACGAAACGUAGAAAUAUUCGUACUGAACCUAACCUUCUUUCAUCUCAGGUUCCAGGUGAAAUACCUACUGUGCUGACCAGACGCAUAGUUUUGGAGCAAGUGAUGGGUAUAUUUGAUCCAUUUGGCUUCCUUGCACCUUUUCUCUUACUUGCAAAGAUGUAUUUGAGAGAAACAUGGGCACUACGUCUAGAUUGGGACGAAGCUAUUCCAGAGGUAUUAAAUGUCAAAUGGAGGAAAUUUUUCUGUUCAUUGUUUCAGAUUGAUGAAUUGAAGUACCCCAGAUGUUUGAAACCAGUACAUGAUGUUGUUGGUGAUCCAAUGUUAAUCAUCUUGUCUGAUGGUUCAGAAAACGCAUAUGGAUGUGCAGCCUACAUUAGGUGGACUUUGAAAGAUGGCACUUUCUGGUGUAGGUGAGAAGAAAAUCCAAGCAUCUGUGAAAACAGUGAAUACUGGCACAUUACCCCAUGCAGAGACAUCUUAUUCCAGGUGUUCAUCUUUGAAAGUUAUAAAAUGGGCUUAUGCUAGGAUCUUGGCUAUUUUCAGAGCAGGUUCUUUCCGAGGAGGAAAUAAGUCCAAUGUUACACCUGAUUUACUUGCACAGGCUGAAAUGCUUUUGAUUUCUGAUGCUCAGAAUUCUGCAUGGUAUAAUGAUAGUGUGAAAGCACAGUUCCGUACUUUGAUGCCCGUUAGACAAGAUGGGUUAUGGGUAGUAGGGACACGCAUUGCACAUCAAAAUCCACUGACACCUGAAAACAAACCAUUGAUUUUACUGCCUAGAAAGCAUCCUUUGACCAAACUGUUUAUGAAUGAUGCACAUGCAAAUUGUGGUCAUAAAGGUCGCGAUGUUACAGUGGCAAAGUUCAGGUCACGAUUUUGGACAUCUCAUGCUGCAAAAUUAAGCAAAAGUAUUUGUGACAAUUGUCAAUUGUGCAAACUUCUCAAAACAAAAUACGUUGAUCAAAAAAUGGGCCCUAUGCCACCUGCUCGUCUCAUGCCUUCUCCUCCAUUUUCCACUGUGAUGUUGGAUUUAUUUGGACCCUAUCAGGUAAGAGGGGAAGUUCAAAAACGCACUACUGGUAAAGCAUGGGGGGUCAUUUUUACUGAUCUUUGUUGCAGGGCUGUUCACACUGAAGUGGUGUUUGGAUAUGACACACAGUCAUUUUUGCUGGCAUUGUCUCGUUUUGCAGCUAUUCGAGGAUGGCCGUCUGUUAUCUAUUCAGACCCUGGUUCUCAACUUCUAGGUGCUAGCGUUGAACUAGCACGAGCAUGGGCCAAUAUAGAUAAAGACGUUCUUUUGAGACAAGGCUCAGAUAUGGGUCUAAAUUGGAAAUUUGGGCCUGCUGACAGUCCAUGGUAUCAAGGUGCUGUAGAAUCAUUGGUAAAGUCUGCUAAAAAAGCAAUUGACUUAAGUGUGAAAAAUCAAAGGUUAUCUGUGCCCGAAAUUCUCACUGUUUUUACACAAGUUGCAGAUUUACUUAAUGAAAGACCAAUAGGAGUGAUGCCCAGUGUUGAUUCUACUCUCAAUAUCCUUACUCCCAAUUCUCUACUUCUUGGUAGAUCUACUUCUAGAAAUCCUGGAGGUUAUGAUGCAAAUCCUUCCUUGAGAUCUCGUCUCACUUUAGUAGAAGGCUGUGUGAAACAGUUCUGGGAGCAAUGGAAGAAUCUCUUUGCACACACUCUUGUCCAUCAAACCAAGUGGUUUAAAGGGAAUCGAGACUUGAAAGUGGGAGAUGUUGUUAUAGUACCUGAUAGCAAUGUUCUCAAGGGAGAAUAUCGUCUUGCAAAGGUCACUGAAGUUUUCCCUGGUACUGAUGGUCUUGUUAGAAGGGUGAAAGUGUCUUAUAAAAAUUAUAGAGUGGGAGAAAAAGUUCAUGAGUACGAGGAUGCUAAGAAUAUUGAGAUGCAAAAAUGUGUAGCAGUUAGUAAAGCUGGAGAGAAUGAUGUGAGCACAGUUUAG